AUGGAUACAGUCAGCCGCAUCAACAGGUUCGUCACAUGCACGUCGUGCGGCAGAAUGAUCAUGGCCAGGGACCCGCGCGUGGUCGGGACCACCAGCGGCCCCGGGGUCGUCACCGGCUUCUGGGGCGGGAGCACGUUCCACCUCGUGGUCUGCAGCUUGUGCGAGCACAUCGGCGUGCUCCAGGUUGUCACCGGGGUGGAGGUCUACACCGACUACCCGUUCGCGAGUUCCACGCACGUGGCGACGACCGUGGUCAAGGCCUCCGACGCGUACAUGAAGGCGUGCGACAUCACAGGCUCCUUCGCGAACCUGGGCGACUUCAUGGACAAAGUCCCGAUCGUCAACAGGGACGCGCUGGAGAAGAGCUUCCCGUACAAGACCUGGGUCAACUACGUGUCCAUGAGCGACAAGAGCCUCCCGACGCUGGGCAUGCGCCCGUACAUGAUCACGAACUUCCUCUAG